AUGCUUGAAGAUACUAGUGUAUCCUAUAUAUUUGUUAAUCAUAAUCAAGCCUGGACAUUAACAGGUAGGAUCAAUGCCGGACGAUCGUCACACACAUCAACGUUAUUGGCGAAUGGGAAAGUAUUAAUUGCUGGAGGAUCUGACUUUAGUGACACUUUGAACAGUGCAGAGUUGUAUGAUUCAUCAUCAGGAACCUGGGCACUUACUAACAGUUUGAAUGUUGGACGAUGGGGUCACACAGCAUCGAUACUAACAAAUGGACAAGUGCUAGGUUCCGGUGGAUCUAAUGGCAGUAGUGUUAUGGCUAGUGCAGAAUUGUUUGAUCCACCAACAGGGAUCUGGACGAUCACUGGCGGUUUGAAUGUGAGACGAUGGGAUCACACAUCAUCACUGUUGACGAACGGAAAAGUGCUAGUUGCAGCUGGAUACGAUAAUGUAGCAGGUAUAAACGAUGCGGAACUAUAUUAA